UCCACAAUCUCAUAUGGGCUGCUAAUCUUUCAUUGCUGGAGUCCAUUGAUAUGUGUCAUGUCAACCUUAGCACCACAAAUGAUCACUUUGCGACGGUACUUAGUACAUUUCAUUCUUUAGAAUUAUUAAGCUUGUCACAUAGAGGGCUUUAUAACACAUACCUACCUCAUACUAGUUGCUUAAAUUCCACGCUAUCUACUAAUAUACAACACCAAGAUUUGAGUAACAAUCUCUUUAAAGGAGGCAUUCCAUGCUUUCUCUGUAACAUGACUUCAUUGCAUUUUCUUGAUCUUUUUUCCAACCAAUACACCUCAUUGGACCCUCAUUUUCUUCUGUCGAGAAAUCUUCAAUAUCUCAACCUUGAAGGUAACUCACUUAAUUACAGCACAGAUUGGAUCUCUAAUCUGCUGUGGGAUAAAUGCCACUUGAAAUCAUUGAACCUAGGGAAUAAUCAUUUUCAUGGAGAUAUCUCGGUAUUAUUAAUUAAAAAUUUAUCGAGAUGCUGGAGCCACAACUUGGAGAAUUUGGAGUUGUGGAGUAAUGAUUUUAACGGGCAGUUUCCUAAAGAACUUGGUGAACUGAAGCAGCUAAAGGAGUUAGAUUUGUCUGAUAACAAGUUGACUGGUCCAAUCCCAAUAAAUUUAUCAAGAUGCUGGAGCCACAACAUGGAGAACCUAGAGUUGUGGAGUAAUAAUUUUUACGGGCAGUUGCCUGAAGAACUUGGCAAACUGAAGCAGUUAAAAUGGUUAGAUUUGUCUGAUAACAAUUUGUCUGGUCCAAUUCCAACUAUUGUGGGACAACUUUCAGAUUUGGAGUGGAUUGACAUAUAUGGUAAUACCUUUGAAGGUACGCUCAUAGAGGCCCACUUUAAGAAGCUAUUCAAACUUAAAGGAUUUAGGACUGGGUCUAACAUGUUAACAUUCAGAAAUCUAUUGUCAGGUCACCUUCCACAAUGUUGGGCUAACUUAUCUUACUUAAGGGUUGCAACAUUAUCAUCUAAUAAGCUUUCUGGGCCCAUUCCAAACUCCAUUAGUGGAGCUUACUCGUUGGGAUGGUUGCAACUGAGUAACAGUUUUAUAAGGAAACUCCCUCCAAAUUUGAAAAAUUGCACCCAGUUAAUGGGUUUGGAUAUUGGAGACAACAAGUUAUCAGGGAAAGUUCCAGAAUGGAUUGGAAACAAUCUGCUCAAUCUGGCAAUUCUUAGGCUAAGGAACAACAAAUUCUACGGAGACAUUCCAUCCUCUUUCU